AUGUACAGCGACAAGCUCGCGCGACCCAUAAACUCCGCGGUGCUGACGAACCUCUCCACCGUCAUGUUCCUCGAGGAGGAGGUGGCGUGUGUUGGGCUCAACGAGCAGCAGUGCCGGGCGCAGCGGCUCAGCUACAUGGCGGCGCGCUACGGCUACGAGUACCUGAGCCGCGCCAUUGCAAUGGGUGACACUGUGGGCUUCUGCAAGGUUAUUGUGACGAAUGACAGGGAAAAGCGGCUGCUCGGCGUGCGUGCUGUUGGGGCGCACGCUGGCAGCAUCGUGGAGGUGGCGUCGCUCGCCAUUCGCCGCGGGGAGUCGGCGUACGAGCUGCUGAAGUUGACUUCGUCGUAUCCGUCGGUAGUGCAAGGUUUUGCUGAGUGUAUUCGUAUGGUUCUCGGCCGCUCCGCGAUAAAGCCGAACACAACGCCACAUGUGACGCUGAACGUGUGGCACCCGGCGAACUUUGAGCGUGGACGUGUGUACAUUGACAGCGACGAUGUUGCCGACAACGGUAACCAUCACAACGACGACUUUAGUGGUGGUGGUGGUGAGGCGGAGGAGGAGGGGACGGCGCUACGCCGUGGAUGA